AUGAGUUCAGCGCCUGAAGCUUCGGAAAGAUCUGCUAUGGUUACAUCACCGGACUUCACAGCAUUGGGAGCUCAGUUAAGUGAGGUACUUGCCAAGUUCAAUGAGUUAAGUGCUGAAAUGGCCGCACAAAGGCGUGUAAUUGAUCAGCUGGUCGCCAGCAACAAUGGUGGUGGUGUCCCAAACGAUCAAGAACCUAUCGAUAAUCACCCACCUGCACAAGACUAUCAACCACCCCACACAUCCAAUACCCAAACACCUUUCUUUCCUCCUUUCGCUAACCCUGUUGAAAAUACCUUUGCCCAAUUAAAUUCAGACUUUUCCUAUAUGCAUCCGAAUUAUGUAUUGGGACCCCACCACCAUACUGCAGAGCCUUUUGUACUGGAUACUGCAUCUCAAGGGAAGGCGGCGAUAGAAGAACAGCCUAUACCCAUUGACAAAGAUCUGUUAAGAAGGUUGGAUCGAUUCGAUGAUUUUAUGAGAAAGAAUCAAGGAUUGAGCAGGCAUGGUGGGUUAGAUUACGAUGAAUUGUGUCUUUUCCCGGAUAUUCAGCUACCGUUGGGAUUCAAAACCCCUAAAUUCAGCAAGUAUGAUGGAACUGGAAAUCCAAAGACGCACCUCAAGAUGUUUGCCAACAAGUUAGGUAAACCUGUGGAUGAUGAGAAUUUGCCUAUGCGUCUAUUUCCGGAAAGUUUGGAGGGAGAUGCUCUAGAUUGGUAUUCAAAUUUGAAGUCUGGAGAAGUCAAGACCUGGUUGGAUCUAUCAACUGCUUUUGUGAAGCAGUAUGAAUUUAACUGUGAGUUGGCACCAACACGAACUACACUGGAGGGUACGAAAAGAAAGCCGUCAGAGGAUCACAAGACGUACGCAAAACGGUGGAGAAAGUUAGCUGCCAAAGUGGAGCCUCCUAUGACCGAGGAGGAGAUUGUUCGCACUUUCAUCAAGGCCCACGAUCCACCUUAUUUUGAAGAGAUCUUCCGCAUGACUGGAAGUCCAUUUGCUUCUAUCAUUAACAAAUUGGAGGAGUAUGAUGAAUUUGUCAAAGCAGGGAAGAUUGUUAAUGUGUCUGCAUUAAAGUUGCAAUUGGAUGCUCUACAAAAUCAAAACAACAAUGGGAAAAAACCCCCAUUCAGAAAGAAAGAAGGUGAUACUGCUUUUGUAUGGGAUCAAGGCCCGUCUUUCAGACCCAGAAAUCAUCCCACCUAUUCUUUUCCUUACCCGUAUUACACCAAUCCUCAACCAGUCUACCACACCACUACCCAAUUCCAUCAUUCCCGACCAAAUCAUUUGAAUACCUCGCCCUUACCUCCAACUCCACAAUCUGUUUUUCAAAAUCACUCUCGUCCCAUUUACCAUUCCAGACCAACCCUGCAAAACAAUAACCCUUCUCAAAAUCCUUUGCAAACCAGUGGAAUUCAAACUCAGAAGCAAUUUCGAACAUUCACCAACUUGGGCCGACCUAUUGAUCAGUUGUAUGAGCAAUUAAAAGCAGCUGGAAAAAUUGGCACUGUUCCUCCCAAAAUCUAUCCUAGAGGUCCCCCUGCCGGUUAUGAUCCGCAUGCAAUUUGUGCUUAUCAUUCUGGAAGUCCAGGUCAUACCACUGGCAAUUGUUGGGCUUUAAAACAUAAGAUUCAGAACAUGAUUGACUCUGGAGACAUCCUUCUCAGAAGAAAGGGAGAGCAGGGACCGAAUGUUAGUAAGAACCCUCUACCUGAGCAUGGGAGCACUGUGGGGGUUAUCAUCGCUGAUGAAGACUUUAACGACCCCAGUCAGUACAUUGUAGAUGAAACUGAAGUAUUUGGCGUGAUGGAAACUGACCAUGCGGAGAUGAGGAAACUACUGUCUGUUGAAGAGUCCAUAACUAAGGAUAGUGCUGAAGAAAAGUUAAAAUCUUUUGUGUUUGAGAAAGAGGAGCCGUUUAUGGUAGAAUGA